UAUAAUAUUUACGAUGAACUUUAUUCACAAUACUGAUGUAGCCAGUUAUCACAUCACAAACCACUAAAACUCUAUUAAUUUCAAAUAAUCGAAUACAUAAUAUCUUUUUAAUAAACAUUCAUAUUAAAACUGUAAUGUUAAACUCUUAAAGGAAUGUGUACACUAAAUAUUUCAAAAAAUUUAGUGUUCUUUUUAAGGUUUUAUGUAAAGGCAUGUUUUACUCAAAAUCUAUUUGUCUGUGAGUUAUAAUAACAGAUAAUACAGAUUAUUGAAUGGGUUGCUUGCCUCCAUUGUUUACAUAGUACAGUUACUAUAUCUGCAAUAAGCUUGAUAUCCUUCAAGACAACAAUAUAACAAGGAAUUAAAUAUUUCAUUUAUAAAUAUAACAGGUAUUAAUUUAAGCUUUAGCUCCGACAACAGUGCCCGCCUGCUUGUCGAUUUGUUCUUUCUCCAGUUGCUUGCCGAGGUAUUCCCAGUUGUGGACCAUCAAUUUUUGGACGGCGAGUAGAGCUUCGUAUCGGACAUUCGGGUCUUCGUGGCUCAGCAGGUACAUGACGCGUUGUUUACCGCCCAGCUGCUCGAUAAUAUGUUUGCCUCGUGGGUAGUGGCGGACGUAUUCGCCAACAUCGUAGCAGGCGACGGCGAGGACAACAGGGUCGUUGCUCCUCUCCAGCAGGUGCACUAGGGUACGCAACAACUCCUGGCCGCGCUCAUUCAGACGAGCGGCGUUCUCGCGCCAGAACUUAGCUGACUUGUGGACGGGGGACCAUUCCAGACGGCCGCUCUUCACUUCAGUGGCAUACUGGUCGAAUGAGCUGAGGUCUUGCACUGAAGCUUGCAGGCGUUCAUUCAGGAAGUCCACGUCGUUCAUGAUGUCUUCGUCGUCGGAGCGCUUCUGCUGCAGAAUGGACAACUGCUUCAGGACCUUGCACUGUACCAUAGCGAUGCAGUGCUCCUUAGCGACCUGAUGAUCUUCAGGUUUUUCGAUCAGGUUCCUGAAGACAGCGAGCACGAUGCGCGUGACCUUCUCCUUGACGGAGUCGCUGAGGAUGUCGGCGAGGAUGGGGAUAGCAUUAAACUUGUUCAUCUUCUCGGCCAACAGGGGAUUAAAUGUCAGCACCCACAAGCAGAACACGAGCUGGUAUUGCACCUGGAAGUUCACCCUGGAAGCCAGGAUAGACAGCAGGGUAGAGAUGCCGUCCACAGACAGGAACGCGAAGCGGUACUCGUCAACACGCAGCAUCAUUUGCAGGCAGCGGGCCACAGAUUGGAUGUAAUCAUUGUUCUUAUGCAGGCCAGGUGGCAAAUCCUCAAGUGGCUUCAGCUCAUCGAAAGAGCUGUAAAGGCUCGAAUACUUCUCUGGGCCAGCGUCGACAUUGUCUUUUUCCUUGUGAUGAUGUUUCAGGUGUUUCUGAAGUUUAUCGGCGGCGAAAUGCUGUUUCUCGUGCAGCAACAUAACCUGCUCGGCAUGCUCUAACUCGGCAGACAUUUUCUCCGCGUUCAUCUUAAGUUGGUCCUUAAGCCAGGAGAGGUAGAAGUGUAGAUCACUCUUUUCCAUCAGAUUUGGGUGCCAGCAGGCCAGCUUAGCGAUGAUACGGGCUGUCAUAUGUUGGACAAACUCAUCCUGACGAUUCAGCAAGUUCAGGAAUGGCUGCCAUGCAUUGCCCAUUCUGGCUUCACGGAAGAUCUUCACUCUGCCCUUAUCUUCAGAAAGGAUGUCAUCAAUCAGUACAAGCAAGUACUGGAUGGUAUGAUCCUUGCUGAUGUGCGUGAGCAGGUUCAAGAAGACAUCAGCACACGUUUCUGGGUGCCUGUCAGGUAACUCUUUCUGGCCACGCUGGUCCAGGUUCACAAUGAAGUCAUGGUCACGUUGCGUGAUCAUCUGUGACUGCAGAUAAGAUUGCCAGUUGAUCUGAGUCUGGCGGAUUUCACUGGCGCGGAUUUGCAAUACGCUGGUGGCCGCAAUCAUGUCGAUUUUGUCGUCACCCAGAGACGGCAUUAGCUGACUAACAUUUUCAUCACCCAUGUUAGCCAUUUUGGCUAAAGAAUUGAUAAUCACGUCUGUUAUUGCCAAAGAAGAAUCGAAAAACUUUUAUUUGGGAAAAACAGAAUAUGAAGACAGCCUCAGCUGAGAGGUCUUGUGACUAUGAAGAGUGACGUUAGUUUUACAUCGAACGAUAAUUAUGCUCUUACCUUCUCUGUUAUACACCUUUCUGGGAUUGUAUUUGUCAGCAUCUUCGGGCGUAUUCUUUUCCAUAUUUACUAGAUAUUUAGUCUGUCGUUAAACUUUUUAUCACCUAACAUAAUUUGCGCUCUUCAAGUCUUCACUUGGAACUGACACAUUCGGCUGUAAAUAAAUUUGGGAACUGGCCAGUUCUUUUGUCAUGACUACUUUGCAAUCAGAAGAUUGUCAAACUAAUGACCUAAAUGACUCAUUUCCGAUGGCUGUUGAAUCGUUGCGUUUUCCAUUAGAUAAUUCAAUGCGGAUUGUAUUUACUGGAUAUUACAAUGGCUUUAAUGUGGAGGUAAGGUCUGUAGAGGAGAUAGCACUGCUGUAUCACAUGGGAUGUUUUGGCAAAGGGACAACAUCGCGAUCGGAACCUAAAGCCGAUAAAAGUGACAUAAUGCCCCGCAUCAUUCGUAAAAGGCAAUUUCUGAAACGAAAUUAUUGGUAUAAAAAAUUCGGAACCUCUGAUAAACUGGGAACUGCAGAAGCAGAUGAUUUCAUGAAAGAUAUCGAUAGUCUAAUGAUUAAAAUAAUCGGGGACAGCAAAAAAGUUAGUCAAAAGGAUGUCAUAGAUUUAGUAUCCAGUGAAGAUGAUGAUGAUGAAGAAGAUAAUAAUUCUAAUCACAGUGCUGAAAGAUGCCAGAGUUAUAAUAAAGAAGACUUAGUAGUAAUAGUGCCAAACAGUGAAUCAGAAGGAGAAAAUUAUUUUGAAAACAUGAGGCCAAAGUGCUGUUUAAAUAAAAUUAAUAUACAAGAAAAACUUAUGUUGACUCCUGAGGAAGCAUUUUUCUUGCUUUAUGGUUUGGGAUGCUUACAAAUUGUCAGCCUUGAUAAUGCUUUAUUAAGCAUAGAGAAAUGUUGGGACCUCUUUAGAGCUGUAGAUGGAAGAUUUCUAUCAAAAUAUGUAGUUUAUCAUUACUAUAGAUCAAAAGGAUAUGUUGUAAAACCAGGAAUCAAAUUUGGUGGAGAUUUUCAGUACUAUACAAGGAAGGUCCUGCAGCAUACCAUGCUGAUUAUGUAGUCAUAAUAAGGUCUGAUAAUAAGGAAGAAGAAUGGAUUCAAACUCUUGGUCUUGUUAGAGUAGCAAAUACUACAGUCAAGGAAGUCAUUGCUGUGGAAGUUGUAGAACCAAAUAAGACUGAAGUGGAACUACCCAAAGAUUUGAAACUGUACAGUGUCAGAGAACUGUUAUUAAGCCGGAAUUUACCAAUUACAAUAAAUGAAGAUGACUAAAUUGAUUUUUAUUUAUACAAGGCUAACAACAAUUCAUUAACAAUAAAAUUGUACUACAACAAACUAAGCCCUUUUGAUAGGUUUCCUAAUACCAGUUCUUCGGUAUUCACUUCUUUGUGCCAAAUAUUCUUCAGUACAUAGCUUCCUGAAAUCCUCAUUUUGAUACCACGCGCCUAAGCAAUCUUUAAGAGCAGCAUUUUGAUUUCUACACUUCACAACCAUCAGAAGAGAAGAUUCCUUGCAACAAUUUUCAAAUUCUGCUACUUCCUGAAUACAUUUUUCUGUCUUUGCCUUUUCCCUAAUGAGUUUAGGAAUCAAUACAUCUCUUUCAACUUUGCGCAAGCUUCUGUCUUCAGGAUCACCUAAGCCAUGAGGACCUUCUGAGAGCUUAUUCGGUAAAACGGAUUUUUCAGCCAUUCUAUUUUAUAUCUUUAUCUUAUUAAGUAAGCGUUAUUAGUGUUAAGACGAGAAAUAUAUCUUAUUAUGAAAUAAUCGUGGUGUACCGCCUGAUAUCGGCUAUUUUGACUAUUUCCAUCGACAGUUGACACUUGACGUUGAAACUAAUUG